CAUCCACGACCGGCGGCUGCGUGGACAAAUUCGACACUUACAAAAAGCAUCUCAACCCGAGUAGGAAGGAAUCUCUUUUAGUUGCAGUAAAUUUUGAAUUUGUAUAAUUCAGUAUUUUGUGCUCCCUUUGGUAUCAGUUUAGAUCCACACAACCUGUGAAAAACUUCAGUACUUACUAGAUUUCGCCAACGCAACGGUAAACGAGUCAUUUGAUUUUGACCAUCAUCAACUGAAGCAACGCACGUAAUACACACAACAAACGGAACAUUUUGUGUGUAGUUUCCAGCGAUUCGAGAAGCAAAUCAAAGACAAGAUGUCUUUACCCAGUGAUGUUGAAACAGACUCCGUCAUGGAUAGUCCAGCAGAGAUUCAUAUGAACAUGAAUAAGCUACAAUCUAAACUUCCCAGCGUUACUCAAGACGAGAGAUUUGACUCCGGAAUUGACUCGUUACGUUCUGUUGAUUCGGCGUACUGCUUGAGCUUCGAAAGGGAAUCGAGCCUGGCUUCGAUAAAUGAGAAGACGUCUCUCACAUCACACCUGCAACAGCUCCAUCUUUCACAUGAAACAAGAACAGAAACCGAGAAGACUGAAACGACAGUAGAAGACAUCGAUGAAGCUUAUCAUGAUGAGUGUACUAUGUCUGAAACACUCGACAAUUUGGAAGAAACUGCAAGAAUUGUGGAAUAUCCUGAACAAAGAUGCACGGGACGUCUUACAGAUGAUGCCUUCGACCAAGACCAAGAGGGAGAUACGCCCCUUCAUCUUGCUAUUAUUCAUAAGGAAGUGGACUUCGCAGAAAAAUUCAUCAUCUUUGUUGCAGAUCCUGAGUUACUGAACAUCAGCAAUGAUCUUAUGCAGACUCCUUUACACCUUAGCGUAUUAACAAGGCAACAAGAUAUCUGUCGUGUUCUCGUCUUGGGCAAUGCCCAAAUCGACUGCACCGACCGAAACGGCGACACUCCUCUUCAUAUUGCAUGCAGACUGAGAGAUGAGGGCUGUAUCAGAGCUCUGACUGAAGGAAUAUCUCCACUCGAGCGUAAGAGAGGGAUGGUUCCACAGAAUAGAGCAAGUGGGGUACAACAGCUUCCACAGAAUCUUGAACUCAGAAACUUUGAAGGCUACACAUGCAUCCAUAUUGCAGGAUUCGCUUGUAGCGUCGAUCAGUUGGAGUACCUUGUGCAGCUAGGCGGCGACAUAAAUGCCCCGGAUGGAAAGAGCGGAAGGACCAUUCUCCACUACGCUGUAGAGGCGGGUGACUUUUCUCUUUGUCAGUACCUCAUUGCGAACUUGGGUGCCAAUGUUAAUGCGUUGACCUUUGACCAGUGCACACCCUUACACUUGGCAGUAGGGCGAGGCCUGAAGGCCAUCAUGCUGUUGUUAGUGGGGAACGGAGCAGAUAAAGACCUCAGAAACUUUGAAGGAGAGCGACCCUGUGACCUGUCAAGAGAUGGAGAAUUGAUGCUGUACAUGAACGCAGGAUCUGAGGAUAGUAUGUACACAGAUAUUAGAAUACAAGGACAAUAUUGAGGGUAUUCUGAACGGUAUAAAUUCGCUUUGAACAUGGGCAUGCUGUAUGCAUUACAAGUAUGUACUGAGCUAUGAAACUGGGCAGUUAAAUUUUGUAUACAAUGUAGGAUAUGUAUCAUUUGUGAAUAGGUAGUUCCAAAUAGGCGCCAUCUUUAAUAUGGGCAAUUUUGGUUUGUUUUUUUUGAGCUCGUCAGGUGUUCUAACUUUUCUAUGCAGCAGCUAAGUUCCCCACCGACCAAUUACGGCAACAAAUGUAAAUAAAAAAAAUAAAAAAAUGGCCUGUCCCAAACGCAGCAUUUGUGCAGAACGCAUAUUGUUUGUAUUUGAAAAAAUUAUUUAUCAUUGCCCGUAAUUAAUGGCCGGCUGUGCACAGUGUUGCAUCAAGUGGGAACUAUCUUUCAUAUUUUAUGACACUAUGAAGGAGAAAGAGACGUAUGUAUAAAUGUAAAUACAUCAGUUCAUAUGUGAUUAAUUUGCCUGAAUAUUAGGCCAUGUAGUUUUAAGUAAUUUCUCGGGACAUGGUUGUGUAUCAAUUCUUUUCAUAUUUACAUUAGAUUAAUUUUCUAAGAAUUCUACCAGUCAAACAUCAACAAAGAGUGUGAUUCAUCUGUGGAUGUUAUCAAGAAACCUGUAAUUUGUUAAAUAUUCACAACAAAAGUGAGGUAUGAUGGGGUUCAUAUUAAUGGCAAUAAUUUCACUGUCGUGGACCAAUAAAGUCCGUCAAACAGUUAAUGUAAAAAUAGUCUGGAUUGCGACAUGCUGGUUUUUUAUUAGUGACCUGUAGAGGGCAAAACAUCAACUGCUCCGAAGGACUGGGCAAGUCUUUACAGUCAAGAUUUGUCACCACUUGCACCAAAUUUGCAAAUUAGUAAUGUCACUGUAAAAACAUUACAUUAGACCUUAUGCAUUGACAUCACUAUUCUAGAUAGGGGUAAACCAAUUUUUAUUAUGAAACAUUGAAAAUGAACAGAUUUGUACUCGCAUUGCAAAGCAAUUGGGAGUUACUCAAAGGUUUAAAAUGCCAUCAUUUCAACAUGCCUUGCUAGAAGUUUAACCGAGUUUCAGACUUUCUUGUCAGUAUUGACUCUCAUCCCUGCCUACUCAUACACCAUGUUCAUAUAAAGGUCUAUUUGAAUCUUUUUUGGCACAGUUUGGCUUCAGGAUAAUGGAGUCUUAUACAAAUGUCUGAAGCUGUGUUAUUUGUUAAAGUUCAUUUAGAAACCCUUCCUUGCUCUUUUCAACUGACUUUGUUUUAUACUUUAUGAAAGGUCAGAUGGUGUCUGAAUUGCACCAUUAGACAAUUUGGUACCAGUGCGAUUCUCUUUAUUGACAGAAAGUCAUGGUUGAUGGUGUUACAUUAAUAGUAUGAUCAAAUUGUUUUUGACCAAUCACCUGUAAUGUAUCUAGCAGAAGAACUUUAUAGUUUUAAUGUAUUCGUGUAAAGAAUUUGUGAGUUAUGCUUUUCAAGAUGCUAUAUUUUAAUUGAGGCACUUUUUAGGAGAGAGUGCAUGUCUUUAAGUGCUUAUGCAGAUAUUUAAGUGUAAGUUUGGAAGCUUUCCUCACUGGUAAAAAUACCUUGCUGUUGACGUUUUUGUUGUUUUUAGGGGUGUGGGUAAAAAGCUCAGGAGGAAAGUCUUUUAUAGGGGGUUUGUUGUUUACUGGAAAGGGCUAUCAUUGAAUGAGUUGUAUGAACACCAAAUUACUGGAAAAAAAGGUAUUGAAAAAGUGCAGGAAAGCACAUUGUCCUAGUGUGUAAUAAAACGGCUUUUGCAGUCAAGUUGUAUGUACAGUGUGGUGAGUCUUUGAUGCUUCCAAUAGUUGUUCACAAAGAAGACUUUUGCACCAACACCUAGAGAUCUAUAAAGUUCUUACAUCAUAAGCUAAAAAGCAAUGGCACAUCACUGUUAUCUUAUCACAUGGUCAUAAAGUAUUCAAAAUCUUAUCUGAUACUAGUUUGUCCAUGUUUAAAAAGAAAAGAAAAUGUAAACUUUAUUACCUUGUUACAAUGGUGUUAAUGGUAUUUGAAAAUGGAUUUUCACGGAAGUGGGUGUAUGCUCAAUUAUUAUCAAAUAUGCUCAAUUAUUACCACAAUUUACUUUUUUUGUAGAUCUAUAUUAAACCUGUGAGGAAGUAACAGCAGGAAUUGUGUAGAUUCUGGAAGGUUCCACAAGUUCGAAGAUAAUAUCUUAGAGGGGAAAAACAGGUCCCAGAGUUGUAUGGUCAAGUCAAAGAUAUAAAGGAAUUCAACUCCAGGUGUUCAUUUGGGAGGAAACAGUAAAAUAAAUGACUUAGUGCCAUGACUUAGUGUUAUCAUCAGGGGUGACUAGAAUUUUGUUGGGGAAAGGGGUAAUAAAUAAUUCAUUGGUCUAGUUCUAUGUAAGAUAGAGUGAGGGUUUGUAGUGUAAAGAAAACAGAGUGUUCAUUUGAAGCGACUGAUAAUAGGGACAUUUGUAAUCAAUUUAAGAGUUAAUUGGCCUUAUUUAUUUACUCCCGUAUACCCCAUUAUGAUCGGUCAUUAAAAAAAAAUUAACUUAUGAUUUCCUAUUUCAAUUUUGUUUUGUCGCUGGAAAGCUUUUUUGUGAAUAAAAAAUUGCGGCAGAAUUAAUUCAGAGAUUUAA